UCAUCGCCGCUGACUGAUGUGUGCUGGUCCAGUGAGAUGUGUGGGAGCCCUUGUGGGCUGCGCGCUCUCCGUGGUGUGUCUCUGUGGCUCCUCAUUGCCCACGGCGUAAGCACCCUGUACGCGCGCAUACUGGGCGCGCUUGGCGGUGUGCCCCUGCGCGCGGCUCCCAGCGUCGCAUCUAUCGCAUGUUCUUGCCCUGCGACGCAUACUAGCUCGCCAACGACAAUGGCAACGGCAAACACCCUGUACUCCUCCGCGCCCGCUCGUGCGACUCCGCCUCGACUAGACCGUCGUCCUACCACGCGCGUAUCGCUGCCAUACAACGCGGCUGCCAUUGCUCGCACGAUCCCGCAAAUUCGUCACGGAAUUAGUUCGUACGAUUCGAACCCGAGAGAGAGAAAACGGGGAAGGACACAUCAUGGCGUCAAGCCGGCCCAAUUAACCCGACUCCCGACGCAAUCGGCGCAAUCGAUGCGUUCCGCGCAAUCGGCGCUCAGGAUACGAUGCUCGGGAUCGACCAAUGAUCCUACCAGCCGCGCAUCUCCCCAAUCCCCCGGAGUCCCACCCUCCCCGGCCCCUUCUCCUGCCACUCCGGCUCUCAGCCCCCCGCCCGGCCCUUCCCCCAGCGCUUCCGCCAGCCCUUCCCCUAGUACAACGAUCCCCUCCGCCAAUCUUUCCCCGCGCCCCCCGCUCGGCCCGCCCCCCGAGUACCGCGAUUCCUUUUCCGACCUCCUCUUCAUGCACCUCUGCCGCCAAGCGUUUGGGCGCGUGGCGGAGUGGCAGUCCCCGCGCCCGUGGGCGGAGGGCUACCUGGGCAUGGUGGAGGUCUCCCGCGCGCUCAUGCGCGGGCGCUCCGCGGAGGCGCAGAGGUCCGCGGUGCUGCAGGGCUUUCCGCGCGUCCCCGGGUGGUUCCGCCGCCUGUUCCCCUUCUCGCACUGGGGCGCGGAGGCGAACGCGGCGAUCACUCCGCGGUUCUUCUCCUGGCUUGUGGGACCGUGCCACGUGGAAGAAGCAGAGAUCCCAGCCGUCGAUGGGCGCGAAGUCGCGGGGGGGAAGGCGGAAAGGGCGGAGGCAGGGGGAAAGGAGGGGGAAGCUGAGGCAGAGGAGGCGGAGAGAGGGGGGGAUUGGGGCGCGGGAGGGACGGUGAAGCUGCAGUGUGGUGUGAGGAUAGAGAGGUGUCGGUAUCUGGAGACGAGUGGGUGUGUGGGCAUGUGCGUGAACCUGUGCAAGAUGCCCACUCAGCACUUCUUCACGCACGAACUAGGUGUUCCUCUCACUAUGGAGCCCAACUUUGAGGACUUUAGCUGUCGCAUGGUCUUUGGCCUGCCUCCUCCACCUCCAUCGGCCGACCCUGCUCUCCACCAACCAUGCAUUGCCACAUCAUGCCCUGUAGCAAGACUUGAUACAGAUGUGCCAUGUCACCAGCUCCAGUGAGUAUUUUUUUACUAGGUCAUCUUUUAGAGCGUGUUCCUACACCUCUUAUCAGGCAUGCCUCAUAACAGAUGCUUGCGGUACUGUACAGCACAAUUCUGACGAGAGCUGGUUUAGUGCGGUUCGGAAUGGCGGAACCAGAAUCUGAAGAGCGCUUUUUCUGAUAAGAGCUCCUAGGAACAUGCUCUUACCACCGUGUGUCCGUGCCGUGUGCAAUGGACUCCAGCUGCUAAUGCCAUGUGGGGUGAGGAUGAGGAUGUAAUGGAUGAUGGCAAUGCAUCGUGUUUUA